AAUCGAUCAAAGGAAUAUAAGCUUUACACCACAAACGCUGAUCGAGAACGUUACGAUAACUUGGCAACUCUCUAUAGUAUUAUCAUCUCAUUAGAUUAUCUAGAAAGAGCUUAUGUUAGGGAUAGUAUCACUCAAUCACAGUAUACACCAGCAUGUACAAGAUUAUUGGCACAAUAUAAAACUAUUCUCAAGUUAGUUGGAGAUCAAUUAGCUUCACUCGAUGCAUUUGUAUCGGAAUAUCGGAUGGAUUGUCAAGCUGCUGUACAUAGGAUUCGAGUAGGUGUACCUGCAACCGUUGAACAUUCAGCAGAAGAAGGAGUAGAAGCAGCAAAAUGGGUAGCAGAAACCACUCAAAGUUUUAUUACUUUUAUGGAUGCACUUAAAUUAAAACUUAGAGCAAAAGAUCAAUUACAUCCACUUUUAAGUGAUCUGAUGGUAGGAUAUUCGCGGUUUUCAAAAAGUCAAGAAUGGCAAGGUCGUCCUAAAAUUUUACAUUGGUAA